UCUUUUUUCUUUUCCUUCGAAGCGAGAGGUCGUUAAGUUCACAGUGAAGCUAAAAGAAGAAUUUUAAAGUUUAAAAAAGUAUGAAUUUGCCACCUAAUGCUGGAACUGCUCGUGGAAGAGGACGCGGGUUAAAGCGUAAUGAGGAAGCCAACCGCGGCUUGGCUCCGCAACGGGACCAUUCAUCGCAUUCUUCUCAAUCUGGACGAAACGAAGCCCCUGGAGUUCAGGGAGCCGCCAGUCAAGUUCCAGCAAGUGGAGGUUUGCCGACCAAGUCGAGAGAGGUUGAAGUUCAAAGCGGGGAAGGUGAUCCUCGUGGCUCUGUUCGCGGUCGUCGAUUAAUUACGGACGUGGUUCACUCUCGUCCUCCGGGACUUGCCACCAAAAAUGGCGUGUCUGGAACCAAAGUAGCUGUGCAGACCAACUACUUUAAGGUUUUAAAACGCCCAAACUGGACCAUCUACCAGUACCGCGUUGAUUUUGUGCCCGAUGUCGACAAUACACGCUUACGCCGUGCUUUUCUAAACGAACAUCGAGGCCUUUUGGGUGGCUAUAUAUUUGAUGGAACCAUACUUUUUUGCACAAAGCAAUUUCAAGCUGUGCAAAACAGCGCCUAUGUUCUGGAACUUUUGACAAAGAGCCGCGCUGGGGAAAACAUUGAAGUCAAAAUUAGGGCUGCUGGCUCGGUGGACGCUACUGACAACCAGCAGCUCCAAGUUCUUAAUCUCAUUCUGCGUAGAGCCAUGGAGGGCUUGAACUUGCAACUGGUAUCGCGCAAUUAUUUCGAUCCACAAGCAAAGAUUAACUUGGAAAACUACCGCAUGGAACUCUGGCCCGGUUAUCAGACCUCGAUUCGUCAGCACGAAAGUGAUAUAUUGCUUUGUGCCGAAAUUGCCCACAAGGUGAUGAGAACAGACACUCUGUACAACAUUUUAUCCGAAUCCAUGCGAGACAAUGACGACGGUUAUCGCACCUUUCAACGUGAAGUAAUAGGCAUGGUGGUACUGACGGAUUACAACAACAAAACCUAUCGCGUUGACGAUGUUGACUUCGAAUCGUCUCCAUUAUCGAAAUUUAAUACAAAGGAGGGCGACAUAACUUAUGUCGACUACUAUAAAAAGAGGUACAACAUAACAAUCAGAGAUUUUAAGCAGCCUCUGCUUGUGUCUCGUCCCACCGAGAAAAAUAUUCGUGGGGGCGUGGAUCAGCUUAUCAUGCUGAUUCCCGAACUGGCUCGGGCUACAGGAAUGACCGAUGCAAUGCGCGCCAACUUCCGAUUGAUGAAGGCCAUGAGCGAGCAUACCAGACUGACUCCGGAUCGCAGGAUUGAGCGGCUGCGCGUCUUUAAUAAGCGUUUAAAGUCCAGCAAGGAGAGCACCGAUACCCUUAAGUCCUGGAAUAUCGAACUGGACUCAGCCUUGGUAGAGAUUCCGGGACGUGUACUUUUGCCGGAGAAAGUCGUGUUUGGACAGAACAGAACCUAUCUAUGCGACAAUCGCGCCGAUUGGACCCAUGAGGUCCGCAAGCAAGCGAUGUUCAGUCACGUGGACAUCAAACGGUGGUAUGUGAUCACUCCGAGUCGGAAUUUGCGCGAGACCCAGGAGUUUGUGAAGAUGUGCAUCCGGGCAGCCAACGGCAUGAAAAUGUGUAUUUCCGAGCCGCUCUAUGAUGAAAUCAGGGACGAUCGCAAUGGCACCUACUCCCAAUCGAUCGACAACGCGGUGGCUAAAGAUCCGCAGAUCAUAAUGGUUGUGAUGAAGACCCAAAAUGAAGAAAAAUAUAGUGUCAUUAAGAAACGCACCUGUGUGGACAGGCCGGUGCCAUCGCAGGUGGUUACUCUAAGGGUGAUUGCCCCGCGGCCAGAGAAGUCGGCUGGCCUCUUGUCGAUUGCCACAAAGGUGGUGAUCCAGAUGAACGCCAAGCUGACGGGAGCUCCCUGGAUGAUCGAGCUCCCGUUGCGCGGCUUGAUGACCGUCGGCUUCGAUGUCUGCCACUCAUCGAAAAAUAAGAACAAGUCCUACGGAGCCCUUGUGGCCACCAUGGACAUGAAGUGCUCGACCCGCUACUUCUCCUCGGUGACCGAGCAUAUGAAGGGCCAAGAAUUGUCCGACCAGAUGUCAUUGAACAUGACCUGUGCCCUUAAGGCCUACCGCGAACAUCAUGGCACCUUGCCAGAUCGCAUCCUCUUUUACCGCGACGGAGUUGGCGAUGGCCAGCUUCAUCAGGUGGUUAACACUGAGGUCAAGUUCCUGAAAGCUAAACUGGACGAAAUCUACAAGUCUGCCGGCAAGGAGCAGGGUUGUCGCAUGGCAUUCAUCGUCGUGUCCAAGCGCAUCAACACGCGUUACUUCGUGAACCAGCGCAAUCCACGUCCAGGAACUGUGGUGGAUGAUGUUAUCACCUUGCCGGAGCGUUACGACUUCUUCCUGGUGUCGCAGGCUGUUCAGCAGGGAACGGUGUCGCCCACCAGCUACAACGUAAUAGCCGACAACCUUGGACUGAACGCCGAUAAGCUGCAAAUCCUGACGUACAAGAUGACGCACAUGUACUACAAUAUUUCGGGAACCAUCCGAGUUCCCGCUGUGUGCCAAUAUGCCCACAAGUUGGCCUUCCUCGUGGCCGAAAGUAUUAACCGUGCACCUUCAGCCGGUCUGGAGAACCAGUUGUACUUCUUGUAAGUCAUCCAUUUACAAGAAGUACAGCCAGUUGUACUUCUUGUAAAUGGACUUACAAGAAGUACAACUGGUUGCAUCAAUUUUACUGUAACCAUUUAAUGACAUGAUUUUUAUCACAAAGAAUUGAUAAAUCAAUAAAUGCACUUUUGUUAUUAUAUCUACCGAAAAAAUAUGUUUUGCUUUCUGUAAAAGGUUAGAAUUGAAUAAUUUAAUAAAAACGCUCAAGAAUUAGUUAACAUUUAAUUUAAUAA